AGAAAUCUAAGUAUUAUUGUUAAGUCGAAUACUACAGCUGCAUGCAGAUUGUAGAUUGUAGGGCCAAUCUUACAUCAACAGCUGCACUGUAUUUAAUUUAUAUUUACUCAUUUAUUUCUCUAGAAAUAAUAAGUUAAAUAAAUAAUCUAUUUAACAAUUUAUUCACCAGAUAUCGACAGCACUCAGUCAUUAUGAACCACAUGUCAAAGAUUUCACACUCUGUAUUAAGAAGAUGGCAGAACAGCAAUAGCAGGUUGACAAGUGAUGACUUCAUUUUACCACUAUUUAUUAGUGAAGAUGAAGACUCGAAGGAGCCUAUCCCCAGCAUGCCUGAUAUGUUGAGGAUUGGUGUCAAUGAAUUAUAUGAAUAUAUUUUGCCCUUGUCCAAAAUUGGUCUUAAGUCUGUUCUUCUUUUUGGAGUUUUGAAUUCAGAUUGUUCAAAAGAUGAAACUGGAGCUCCAGCUGAUGAUCAAGUUGGGCCUGUAGUCAAAGCUAUUAUACUGUUAAAGGAACAAUUUCCUCAGUUAUUAAUAUGUUGUGAUGUGUGCCUAUGUGAGUACACAUCUCAUGGACACUGUGGCAUUCUCAAUUCAGAUGGAACAAUAAAUAAUGCUGCUUCUAUUCGGCGAAUAUCCGAGGUAGCCUGCACCUAUGCCAAGGCUGGUGCCCAUGUAGUGGCUCCAAGUGACAUGAUGGACAAUCGGAUUGGAGCAAUUAAAACAGCCUUAAAGUUAAUGGGAGAUAACAAAACAUGCAUAAUGAGCUACAGCAGCAAAUUUUCUUCAAGCAUGUAUGGCCCAUUUAGAGAUGCUUGCAAAUCUGGUCCUCAGUUUGGUGAUAGAAAAACCUAUCAGCUACCUUUAGGAAGCUCCCAACUUGGGCAGUUGACAACUGAAAGGGAUAUAGAGGAAGGGGCUGAUAUUGUUAUGGUGAAACCAGGGAUGUUCUACUUGGAUGUUGUCAAUGCUAUAAAAUCAAGGCAUCCAAACCAUUUGCUGGCUGUGUAUCAAGUGUCAGGGGACUAUGUCAUGGUACACGACUAUGCAACUAAAUCAGGAAAUUUCAAAAGCAUUGUAUGUGAAUCAUUGUUUAGUAUGAAGCGUGCUGGUGCUGAUGUUAUAAUAAGUUAUUUUACUCCUGUCGUUUUAAAAUGGCUACACGAGAAUGGGGGGAUUCUUACUCCUUAAAAGAUUUUGGUUUCAGAUGUAUUAUCUAGGUAGAGAAGAGUAUAUACUAGGUAUGAAGAGUAUAUAGUAAUAGUAUAUAGUAGGUAGUAGGAAGAGACAAAUCUGUCUACAAAAUGACAAUAAGCUUUCAGAGAUUUCUUUGGCAUUUUUGAGUUCCAUAAGGUGGUCUUUACGGCUGACCAACUUUUCUUAAGAUCAUAAUACAGCAAGUUACUGGUUCGAAUGGGCCUUUGGUGCAGUCAUUAGAAACAUUUUAUUUUCUGGUAAUUAGCUAAUUAGACUUAUCCAAUUAACUGAUUAUCUGAGGUGAACAUUUUCUAACAAAAGUUUUUCUCAUUGAAAAGAUAAACACUCUUGACUAAUUAGCAACCUUCUAUGAUGUUCAUAGACGAUAUUUGACCAGCAACAAAAGUGACAAUAAGUGGCCUUAAAACACACGAAAAAGUUUGGUCCAAGUUUGGUCAGUCGUAAAGGCCACCUAAUGGCAAGCCUCUCUUCUUUAAUUCUAGAAAAUAACUUAUAGGUACUCAGGUUACCAAAGAGUUACCCGCUAGAAUAGGGCCAUAUAGCAAUAUUAUCUAGUUUCUAACAAUUUAUCCAGCGUUAACUUUAUUUUUAUUUUUAUUUUGCUGUGACAACAAAUAUCUCAUACAUACUUAAUUAUUAAAAUAUUAUUCUAAAUGUAUAACAAUGUGUUAGAAAUCAUUAACAUUACAUCUUCCAAGUGUUUUAAGUUUACUAUAAUAUCUUCAACCAUCAGUACAUGAUAUCUCUUAAUCUAUCCUCAU